GCUGUUGUUGCGUGCGUUCUUCAACACCGAUUUGUUGAACAUGGUUUGAAGUCAUAUCACACUUUCACCCCCUCGGCGGAGAGCCAUACUGUGUGACGUCGAUUGUUAGGGGCGGACACUCCUUUAUAAAGCUCGGAGCGACUGUUCAGCGUUCCACAUCAAAUGCAGCAAGUCUCUCUCAUUAUAGAGUAGACAUGGAUAUACUCAGGAGUAUCGCUCACCAACCCACCAUGUGUGAACACUCGGUGAACAAGCCCUCCGAGAUCAAGAGGAAGAAGUCAGAGGAGCAAAUUCAAGCCACACAAGAGUUGUCACGGAUUAUUACGGAUCCAACGAAGGGGAAAUGCUAUUGCCGAGGAAAAGUUCUGGGCAAGGGAGGAUUUGCCAAAUGUUAUGAAUUCACAGAUUUGGCAUCAGGCAAAGUGUAUGCUGCAAAGAUCAUUCCACACACGCGGGUCUCCAAACCGCACCAAAGGGAAAAGAUUGACAGAGAGAUUGAGCUGCACAGAAUUCUCCACCAUAAGCACAUUGUGCACUUCUACCACCACUUUGAGGACAAAGACAACAUCUACAUUCUCUUGGAAUACUGCAGUCGACGAUCACUGGCCCACAUCCUGAAGGCUCGGAAAGUACUGACAGAGCCUGAGGUGAGGUACUACCUCCGACAGAUCGUCUCCGGGUUGAGGUACCUCCACGAACAGGAGAUCCUGCACAGGGACCUGAAACUGGGCAAUUUCUUCAUCAACGAGUCUAUGGACCUGAAGGUAGGGGACUUUGGCCUGGCUGCCAAGCUGGAGCCUGUUGAGAACCGAAGGAGGACGAUAUGUGGCACGCCCAACUACCUGUCCCCUGAGGUGCUCAACAAGCAGGGCCACGGCUGCGAGUCGGACAUCUGGGCCCUGGGAUGCGUCAUGUACACCAUGCUCCUUGGCAGACCCCCGUUUGAGACCACCAACCUGAAGGAGACGUACCGAUGUAUCCGCGAGGCACGCUACACGCUGCCCUCCUCCCUGACGACCCAGGCCAAACAGCUGAUCAGCAGGAUGCUGGCCAAGAGCCCUGCAGACAGACCACACCUGGAGGAUAUCCUCAGACACGACUUCUUCACCCAGGGGUUCACUCCAGACAAGCUGUCGGCCAGCUGCUGCCACACUGCCCCAGACCUCCACCACACCAGCCCUGCCAAGAGCUUCUUCAAGAAGGCUGCGGCCGCCCUGUUCGGAGGGGGCAAGAAGGACAAAGCCAAGUACUUGGGGACUUUGAAUAGAAUGGCCAAAGAGGAAGAGGAGCUCACCAGGCUGCGGAAUGACCUGAGGAAGACGUCUAUCAGCCAGCCUCUCUCCAGACAGGCAUCGGAGAACAGCAGCAAGCCCCCUGUGGCCCCCACCGUGGCCAGGCCAGCGGCCUAUGUCAAGGAAGGGGUCAACGGCACCAACAAGCAGCAGCUGAAGGACACGAUCCGUUUGAUUGUCAGAGGCACCCUGGGCAGCUGCAGUAGUGAAUGUCUUGAGGACAGUACCAUGGGCAGUGUAGCAGACACCGUGGCCCGGGUGCUGAAAGGGUGUCUGGAGGAUAUGCCGGAAGCGGAUGACCUUCCCAAAGAGAAUCUGGGCAGCAGCUUCCAGUGGGUGACCAAAUGGGUGGACUACUCCAACAAGUAUGGCUUUGGCUACCAGCUGUCGGACCACACCGUGGGAGUCCUCUUCAACAAUGGCACACACAUGAGUCUGCUGGCAGAUAAGAGGACGGUUCACUACUAUGCAGAGCUGGGCCAUUGUUCUGUCUUCUCCACCUGCGAGGCUCCAGAGCCAUUCAUAGGCCAGGUCACCAUUUUGAAAUACUUUGCCCAUUACAUGGAGGAGAACCUUAUGGAUGGUGGAGACUUGCCCAAUGUGACAGACCCCAGGGCCCCCAGGCUUUACCUGCUGCAGUGGCUGAAGUCAGACCGGGCCCUCAUGAUGCUCUUUAAUGACGGAACCUUCCAGGUGAACUUCUACCAUGACCACACCAAGAUCCUCCUGUGCAGACAGAGCGAUGAGUACCUGCUCACCUACAUCAACGAGGAGCGCAUCUCCACCAACAUGCGCCUGAGCACCCUCCUAAUGGCCGGCUGCAGCGCUGACCUGUGCAGUCGCAUGGAAUACGCACUCAACAUGCUGCUGCAGAGGUGCAACUGAAGAACCAAGACUGCAGCCAUUUUGGGGGGCUUUGGUGUUUGCGUGAGAGGUCAAGAGGCUGGGAUUGGUUUAACGGGAGAACUUGUUAAUUGACGUGGCUCUGUUGUGGUGGGAAGUCUGUGGCAGCAUGGAUGGAAUGGAGAUGCAAAGAACGCAUCCCUUCAUGGAGAGAAAAGGCUGGUAAGAGGAGCGGGAUGAUGCUGGGCUGGAUCCAGGCGAUACAUCGCAAAAAGGAACUGAAAUGCGUUUUAUUUUAAGGACAAUCUUUUUGUGUGGUUGCGGAGUUAGGUGUUUUGGUUAAGGCGAGGCUUCAACAGGGUGGGGAUGAAUUGAGUAGCUCUCUGCAGGGCAGAGGAGGAAACGUGUUACUGUGAAAACAUUCCACAACACUAGGUUGUGGAGUUGGCUUCUAGCCAGGUGGUCUUUUGUUAAGCCAAUGGCGUGGCUACAACUCUGCCCUACUGUGACAUCAUCAAAGGUAGAGAAAGCCAGAGGACCUUCUGGACCAAUGCCAUUUCACAUAGUGUACAUGAAUAGAUUAAUUUAUUACAUGGUGCAGUAUUUAUUUAAUAAACAAAACCUCUUUGUAUAUAUUUUGUGACUGAUGCUGUUUUAAAUGUCAUGAUUUUCAUUAAAUCAUAAUGAUGUUGCGGUCA